AUGGCUUCAGUACAUUUCGGCGGGGAGACCAACGAGCCUCCAAGUGAGGUUCAAGAGGUGCCCAGUAACAUCUCGAAACCGACGAAGCGGCAACGAUGGGCGACAACUCGAGUCGGUGGCGCCGGAGGCGUGCGGAAACGUGUCUCUAUCAUGGAUCGCUUCCACAAGCGAUUGAGUGUGAGAGAUGAAAAACGAAAGUCGGGCGCGAGCAGUGCUCCGAGCACGAACAAUGACCCGAUGGCUGGCGCCAACGAGUCGACUAAUAGAAGAAUCUACUUCAAUAUCCCGGUUCCCGAAUCCGAACGCGAUGAAGAUGGCCACCCCCUGGCCGAUUACCCUCGAAACAAGGUCCGGACUGCAAAGUAUACGCCCUUGACCUUCGUACCAAAGAACAUUUGGUUCCAGUUUCACAACAUAGCAAAUAUUUAUUUCCUGUUCAUUAUUAUUCUCAGUUGUUUUUCAAUCUUUGGUGCUGAUAAUCCUGGUCUUAACGCCGUCCCCCUAAUCGUCAUCGUCGUCGUGACCGCUUUAAAAGAUGCCAUCGAAGAUUGGCGACGUACAGUUCUCGACAAUGAUCUGAACAACUCGCCGGUAUAUCGAUUAAUUGAAUGGAACAAUGUCAACUCAACAGAAGACAGCGUCUCGGUGUGGCGCCAGUUCAAGAAAGCAUGCACUCGUGCGACAAUUAGCAGCUAUCGGGCUAUGAAAGUGUUGUUCGCCAAGGGUAAAGGCCAGCCCGAGAUGGUUGAAGAUGAACGUCGCGCAUCCAUCAUGACCACUGUGACUCCUCGCGCAUCGAUGCAUGGUAUGGAUGUCGAUGAUAUCCAGAUGACUCCCGUGCCGUCGCCAAAACCAGAAUCACGCCCGGAAUGGCCAAUGUCAACUGGAGAACAGAGUAAAUUUCUUCACCCAGACAAAGCAGCAGAAGUCCGCGACGGUGCGCCCCCGGUUGCCACUCCGCCGAAGAAAGGUGGUAGCGUGGUCGAUAUGUCGAAGCAAACCCCCGAGAAGGCUAGAUUCAAGCGAGACUACUGGAAAAGCGUCCAGGUUGGAGACUUUGUCCGUCUGUACAAUGGAGAUCAGAUUCCAGCCGAUGUUGUAGUUUUGUCGACCUCCGAUCCUGACGGCGCUUGCUACGUGGAAACAAAGAACUUGGAUGGAGAAACUAACCUUAAAGUCCGACAAGCUCUCAACUGUGGCCGACAAGUUCGGCACGCUAGGGAUUGCGAGAAGUCGGAGUUCUUGAUUGAUAGCGAGGCUCCCCAUCCAAAUCUUUAUGCCUACAAUGGUGCGCUACGAUGGGACCAGCGCGACCCUGAUUUCGCCGACGCCCCUCGAAAGGAAAUGGUGGAGCCUAUUACGAUCAACAAUAUGCUGCUGCGUGGUUGCUCCCUUCGUAACACCGAAUGGAUCCUUGGUGUUGUCGUCUUCACCGGAGAAGAGACCAAAAUCAUGCUUAACUCGGGCGAGACUCCCACUAAGAGAGCUCGCCUUGCCAGGGAUUUGAACUGGAACGUCAUUUACAACUUCAUCAUCCUGUUUUUCAUGUGUCUCGUCUCCGGUAUCGCCAACGGUUGCGCUUGGGCAUCGAGCGACAAAUCCCUUAACUUCUUCGAUUUUGGUUCCUACGGAGGAACACCGCCGGUCACUGGUAUCAUCACUUUCUGGGUCGCCGUCAUUCUGUUUCAAAACUUGGUCCCGAUCUCUCUAUACAUUUCACUCGAAAUCGUUCGCACCAUCCAGGCCAUCUUUAUUCACAGCGACGUGUUCAUGUAUUACGACAAAUUGGGCAUUUCCUGUGUACCAAAAUCUUGGAACAUCUCUGAUGAUGUUGGGCAGAUUGAGUACAUCUUCUCUGAUAAAACCGGCACGCUCACCCAGAAUGUCAUGGAGUUCAAGAAGUGCACCAUUAACGGUGUCUCAUACGGCGAAGCUGUUACUGAAGCUCAGAUUGGCAUGAAACGACGUGAAGGACUUGAUGCUGAUGCUGAAGCCGAGAGAACCCGAGAAAAAAUCGCCGUGGAUACUGGAAAAAUGCUCGAAAAGCUUCGCAAGAUCCACGACAACCCCUAUCUUCGCGACGAAAAUUUAACCUUCAUUGCGCCAAAUUUUGUCUCCGACUUGGAAGGUCAAUCCGGUGAAGCUCAACGAAAGUCUGCGGAACAUUUCAUGGUCGCUCUGGCUGUUUGUCACACGGUUAUCACUGAGCUCACUCCUGGCGACCCUCCCCAGCUCGAGUUUAAGGCCCAGUCCCCCGACGAAGCAGCGCUGGUUGCUACUGCCCGUGACUGCGGGUUUACUGUCCUGGGAAGAUCAGGCGAUGAUCUCAUUUUGAAUGUCAUGGGCGAGGAACGGACUUACACAGUGCUCAACACUCUCGAGUUCAACUCGUCAAGAAAGAGAAUGAGCGCAAUCAUUCGGAUGCCUGAUGGCUCGAUCCGUCUCUUCUGUAAGGGUGCUGACAGUAUCAUCUACUCCCGUCUCGCUCGUGGCAAGCAACAGGAGCUUCGAAAGAAAACCGCGGAUCAUCUUGAGUUGUUCGCUAGAGAAGGUCUACGAACGCUCUGUGUCGCAGACCGACAGCUUAGUGAAGAAGAGUACCAGAGAUGGAGCAAAGAACACGACAUCGCCGCCGCUGCGCUCACUGACCGUGAGGAGAAACUUGAGCAAAUCUCAAGCGAGAUCGAGCAAGAACUUAUGCUCAUCGGAGGUACUGCCAUUGAAGAUAGACUUCAAGAUGGUGUACCGGACACCAUCUCCUUGUUGGCCGAUGCUGGUAUCAAGCUGUGGGUUCUGACUGGUGACAAAGUCGAGACUGCUAUCAACAUUGGUUUCUCUUGCAACCUUUUGAACAAUGACAUGGAGCUGAUUGUCUUCAAUAUCCCCGAAAGCCAACCUCAAAAAGCAGCCCAAGAACUUGACAGCAGGCUACAACACUUUGGACUCACUGGAUCUGACGAAGAGCUCCUGGCUGCUCGUGAAGACCACAAGCCUCCAUCGGCAACCCAUGCUGUAGUGAUUGAUGGUGAUACUCUCAAGCUCAUGCUCACCGACGAAUUGAAGCAAAAGUUCCUUUUGUUGUGCAAGCAGUGCAAGUCAGUUCUGUGCUGCCGAGUCAGUCCUGCCCAGAAAGCAGCUGUCGUGCACAUGGUGAAGAACGGACUCAACAUUAUGGCUCUCUCAAUCGGUGACGGCGCAAACGAUGUUGCGAUGAUCCAGGAGGCUGAUGUUGGCGUUGGUAUUGCUGGUGAAGAAGGUAGGCAAGCCGCCAUGUCCUCGGACUAUGCCAUUGGACAGUUCCGAUUCCUCCAGCGCCUUGUUCUUGUCCAUGGAAGGUACUCUUACCGCCGCAUGGGAGAGACUACUGCAAACUUCUUCUACAAGAACCUCGUCUGGACAUUUGCGCUCUUCUGGUACUCGAUCUACAACGACUUCGAUGGCUCUUAUCUCUUUGAUUAUACCUACAUUGUCUUGGUGAACGUUGCAUUCACGUCAUUGCCUGUGAUCUUCAUGGGAAUUUUUGACCAAGAUGUCGACGACAAAGUAUCCUUGGCUGUCCCUCAGCUUUACAUGAGAGGUAUAGAGCGGAAAGAGUGGUCGCAAUUCAAGUUCUGGAUUUAUAUGUUCGACGGUCUAUACCAGUCGCUUAUCUGUUUCUUCAUGCCCUACCUCCUGUAUAAACCAGCGAGAUUUGUUACUGAUGAUGGGGUGAACAUUAAUGACCGGACCAGAAUGGGUGUUCUUGUUGCCACUUGUGCAGUCGUUGCUAGCAACACUUACAUCCUGCUGAAUACUUACCGAUGGGACUGGCUGACAGUGCUGAUAAACGUUAUUAGCUCGCUUCUCGUUUUCGCCUGGACCGGCAUCUACUCCUCCUUCCUUGCUUCAGCCCAGUUCUAUAACGCAGGUUCGGAGGUUUACGGAGCAUUGUCGUUCUGGGUCGUUUCCUUCUUGACCAUCACAAUGUGCCUCCUUCCUCGCUUUACCAUCAAAGCGUUCCAGAAGGUCUUCUUCCCUCGGGACGUCGAUAUCAUCCGUGAACAAGUCACCUUGGGAAGGUUCAAACACCUAGAGAAAUCUGAUGAACUUGCUCCGCCGAAAGCUGCGGCGUCUUCUGGUGGGUCCAGCGAUGACUCGGCCGCUUCCUCGGAUUUGGGAAAACCUAUUGAGCCUGGAAUGAAGCAGGAUCCCUUUUCCGAUGAUCAAAGGGCAUUUUAUCCACCGUCUGUUGCGCCCACCACCCUGACCCAUAACCCGCGCAGUCAGAAUGGUAGUAACGGGACAAAUUACACAGACAGUCUUGAUCAUACCCAAUUACCGCACCUGCAAUCAGUCGACUAUGUUCGAAAUUCCGCAGAACGCACACGACAUUCAUUUGACCGGGUUCGGCCCAGCUUUGAUGUGGGCAACGACUUAUCGCGUACCGACACCUUGAAUACAGGCUUCCCACUACCGCAAAGUCCGCAUAGCCCGCUCAAAGGCCCCAAUGACCCCCCCACACAUCCUACAUAA